AUGGUGCUGCCGGAAGUUUCAUCCUCUCUGUACAAUCUGAACUGGGCGGCGCAAGUGGCCUUCCCCGGCGAAGAGAUAUUGGCGAGAGCUAAGAGCUUCUCCUAUGCCUUCUUGCGAGAGAAACAAGCUACACACCAGCUGCUCGACAAAUGGAUCAUCACCAAGGAUUUGCCCAGGGAGGCAAGACUCUACUUGGAGCAGUAUGGAGGGGGAAGUGAUAUUUGGAUUGGCAAGACUCUCUACAGGAUGCCUCUGGUAAACAAUGAUAUGUAUUUGGAGUUGGCUAAGUUGGACUUUAACCAUUGCCAAGCUCACCAUCAGCUGGAGUGGCUCUAUCUUCAAAAGUGGUACGAGGAGGCAGGCCUUGGAUGGCAUGGUGUGAGCAGAAGAACCCUGUUGGAGGACUUCUUCUUAGCAGCCUCUUGCAUAUUCGAACCCGAACGCAAGACUGAGAGGUUGGGUUGGGUUCGAACCCUGGUUUUCUCGAAGGCCAUUUCAGCCUACUUUGGCAGGGACUCAUGCAUUGAUACUAUGAGACAAGCACUGAUACUGAACUUCCUCAAUGCUGAUGACUGCUACAGCAAUGAGCAUGGCACCAACAGGCUGUCAAAGAUUGGAAUGAUUACUCCACGUAUGUGA